UCAGAAACUGUCCUGGGUGCAUUGGCUAGAGUGUUGAGGGAAGAUUGGAAACAAAGCGUGGAACUUGCUACUAAUAUAAUUUAUAUUUUCUUCUGUUUUUCAAGUUUUUCUCAGUUUCAUGGACUAAUCACACACUACAAAAUCGGAGCUCUUUGUAUGAAUAUCAUAGAUCAUGAGCUGAAGAGACAUGAGCUUUGGCAGGAGGAACUUGCUAAGAAGAAGAAAGCUGUUGAUGAAGAUCCUGAAAAUCAAACACUGAAAAAAGACUAUGAGAAAACCUACAAGAAGUAUCAAGGUCUGGUUAUCAAGCAGGAACAGCUAUUGAGAGUGGCUCUUUACUUGCUCCUGAAUCUUGCUGAAGACACUCGCACUGAGCUGAAGAUGAGAAACAAGAACAUUGUGCAUAUGUUAGUGAAAGCACUCGAUCGAGACAAUUUUGAACUGCUUAUCUUGGUUGUAUCUUUCUUGAAGAAACUCAGCAUUUUUAUGGAGAACAAAAAUGAUAUGGUUGAAAUGGAUAUUGUUGAAAAACUUGUGAAAAUGGUUCCCUGUGAACAUGAAGACCUAUUGAACAUCACUCUUCGACUCUUACUGAAUCUCUCCUUUGAUACAGGCCUGAGAAAUAAAAUGGUACAAGUUGGUCUACUUCCCAAGCUCACUGCACUUCUAGCAAAUGAGAACUACAAGCAAGUGGCAAUGUGUAUUCUGUAUCACAUAAGCAUGGACGAUCGCUUUAAAUCCAUGUUUGCAUACACGGACUGCAUCCCACAGUUAAUGAAGAUGCUCUUUGAGUGUCCUGAUGAGCGAGUUGACUUGGAACUUAUUUCCUUCUGUAUUAACCUUGCUGCUAACAAAAGAAAUGUGCAACUUAUCUGUGAAGGAAAUGGUUUGAAAAUGUUAAUGAAGCGGGCCCUGAAAUUUAAGGACCCCUUGUUAAUGAAGAUGAUCAGGAAUAUUUCACAACACGAUGGGCCAACUAAAAGCUUGUUUAUUGAUUAUGUUGGCGAUUUAGCAGCUCAGAUAUCAAAUGAUGAAGAGGAAGAAUUUGUGAUUGAAUGCCUGGGAACACUUGCAAAUUUGACUUUACCUGAUCUCGAUUGGGAGCUUGUGCUUAAAGAGUAUACACUGGUUCCAUACCUCAAGGAUAAACUAAAGCCAGGUUCUGCAGAAGAUGACCUGGUUUUGGAAGUAGUGAUAAUGAUUGGAACAGUUUCUAUGGAUGACUCUUGUGCUGCUCUGUUAGCCAAAUCUGGAAUCAUUCCUGCACUCAUCGAGCUUCUAAAUGCCCAACAAGAAGAUGAUGAGUUUGUCUGCCAGAUCAUUUAUGUCUUUUAUCAGAUGGUCUUCCACCAAGCCACCAGAGAUGUCAUCAUAAAGGAGACUCGUAUCUUUCUAAAGUUCAAGUGUACUUCAUUUGCCAUAAUUGGUGCAUGGCCCAUGUUUUUCUUGCAUAAACCUGAAUAUGAUGAGGAAUGGGCCAAAAAAAUCCAGAGUGAGAAAUUUCGCUGGCACAACUCUCAGUGGCUGGAGAUGGUGGAGAGUCGGCAGAUGGAUGACAGUGAGCAGUAUCUGUAUGGGGACGAGCGCAUUGAGCCCUACAUCCACGAGGGGGAUAUUCUGGAAAGACCUGACCUCUACUAUAAUGCAGAUGGCUUAAUAGCCCCCGAUGGAGCAGUGAGUCCUGAGUUCUUCAGUGAUUAUCAUCUUCAGAAUGGAGACCUCGUUGGGCAGCAUCCCUUCUCCAGCAGGUAA